GUUAAGAAAUAUCCUUAUCACAUCUAGUCCGCGCAGUUCUUAAAAGUUUUCGCGAAAAGAUUCUCUGCACUAACGUUUCAAUAUUUUUUUCUAAUUAAACAACUCAAAUGACGUCAGUUAAAUUCCAUGCGAUUAAUUGCCUCUCAUAAAAAAUAAUAAAAAAUAAUUAGCUAUCCGAUUGGUCCGCGAAUGAAUAAACUCUCGAGUUCAAUUCGUCAUCGGCUGCGAUACGUAUUUGAUGAAUUUAUGGAACUGGAGGUCAAUAACGGUCAAUUAACGAAAUGGAUAAGCUUAUGCCAACGAGAAAAUUUGAAAUAUUAGUGAAUAGUCAAUAUUUAUCAAGUUUAAUAUCCGGAGGAUUGAAAAAUAAUUGUAUCAGCAGUAGUUUGUGACUAUGUUUGCAUAUAACUUUGGAAAAUUACGUCAGUUUUUAUUUUCGGCCCCCGAGGGUUCAGAGCUGAUGAGAAUUAACAAUGUGAUAACGAUUUAAGAACGAUUUAAGUGAGGUGAUAGUGGAGUGUUGGUUUUUCAUAUCCAGAAAAAUAGUGUCAUACGACGUUUUCUCACGGUCAGGGAUAAACGAUAUUGUCUUCAUUAUAGUUUUAUUCCUCAAGCUCGUCGUUGUCAUAAUCAAAACGCGGUGUAUUUUUUAUUCAUUGAAAAAAAAUUUUAUUUUUUUUUCAAAUUCAUUAUGGCUGUGAGGAUUUGCGAGGAAAUAACGCAGGAUGCGCUCAAUCAAACAGGAUUUGGCCGUUUUAAUUUAAAAAUCUUCGCAACAUGCGCCCUAAUAUGCAUUAACGGAGGUCUUGGUUUGGGAAAUGUCGGCUUGAUAAUUCCAUCAGCAGCUUGCGAUUUCAAAAUGACAACAGUCCAAAAAGGAUACAUGGCAAUGGUGCCGGUUUUAGGAAUGGUGCUGGGCCCUUAUUGUUGGGCGACACUAGCUGAGAUGAAGGGGAGAAAAAUGGGAUUGAUAGUAGCUCUGCUCUUUCAUGGAGUUGGUGAUAUGACUGCUGCUGUCAUCUCCAACUACUGGGGAUUGCUUAUCUGCAAGUUCCUGGUGGGUUUUGGAUUCAGUGGGCAAUUUGCACUUUUGUUUACAUAUCUCGGGGAAUUUCAACCUUGCAAAGCCAGGGAUCGUCUUCUGGCCUGGCUGGAGCUGCCCUGGGCUCUGGGACUUCUCAUUACCGCAGGUCUCGGCUGGGCCAUCAUACCACUCAAUAUCAACUACGGGAGUAAUAUCGGUUUCUUCUUUAAAUCCUGGAAUCUCUACGUAUUAACUUGUGGCUCUUUGUCACCGAUUCUCGCUCUGUGGAUCGUUUUUCUACCAGAAACACCGAAAUAUCUUGCUGAGACUGGAAAAUAUAAGGAAUUGCUUCAACUCUUCGAGGACAUCUAUCACGCCAAUACCGGAAAUUCGCGGGAACAAUAUUUGGAGGUAAUAAAAAAACUGGCUAAUCCAGGACUCAAUUGCUUGCUGACUCAAGCUCAAGAGCCAACAGUUGCUAUUCGCAAAUCAAUUUGUCAAAUGGUGGCGCAAUAUACGAAACAGACGAAGGAAAUAAUAAAACCACCGUACUUGAAGACGACAAUUCUCAUGGCAAUAGCUUCGUACACCGUAACGUCACCCUACUUUACCCUGAUCUUUUGGUUACCGGAGAUUUUCCGAAGAUACUCCAUCUUUGAGGAAAUUUAUCCAGGGAAAAGCGCCAGUGUCUGCACUAUAUCGGAUCUCCUCUACUCCACAAAUUCGACACAAAAAAAAGAAAUGAAUUAUUCUAAUUGCACUCAAGUACUGAGUGAAAAUGUCUAUUUUCAUAAUAUGAUUUUGGGUGCCACAUCCGUUCCAGUCGCCUUUUGGCUCCCCCUUUUUGUAGACAGAUUCGGAUAUAAAAUUCACUUAGUGAGUGCUUCUCUCACGAGUGCUGUUUUGUCGUUCGGAUUGUUUUUUGUUGAGACUUCAACCCAAAAUUUGAUAAUUGCAUGUUUAUUCGAGGCAUUGGCAUCUAUUUGCAUAACAAUUGUCCUGUGUAUUCUGGUGGAGCUCUACCCAACGCAUCUCAGGGUAAUAGCUUCGGCACUGGCUUCAUUCGUUGGUAGAAUCGGAGCUUUUGUGGGUAUUUCAAUGGUCGGAUAUCUUAUCGACAAUUACUGCGUGCCCUUAAUUAUUCUCAUUGGGUCGCAUCUAAUUGUUGCUGGUAUUGUGGGAAUAUUCAUUCCAAUUCGUAAAACAAAGGAGGAGUUCGAGAAACGAGAGAGAUUGAAAAAGGAGAAAUUAGUUGAGAGUGCGAACGCUUGUAAUCACUUGUAAUUUUUUAAAUUGUUAUUCCUUUAAUUAUUUUAUGAAGCGACUAACAUUUUUAUUACUAUCAUUCUCUCAUUCAUUUCACUUUACUCACAAAAUUGAGAGUUAUCCUGAUUUUUAAUAAAAUUAUAAA